GUUCACCGUUUGGAUACGGCAUUGAGUUGGUGCUCGGGUUCAGCUUCAUAUCACGGACAGCUUGGUGUGUUCAAACGCCGGCAUUGGCGACAGCGUUUUUUGAUAGACCAUGCCGGAGACCAUGCCAGCCAUGUCUGAGCCCACGUACCUGCUGUGGUUCUCCAACGAGCUGGCGGAGUUCCGCGAGCCGGAGUUCCGCUCCGUGCUGUCGCUGCUGGGCGUGCAGGCGCGCUGGACGCCGCAGCCUCCCUCUGAGCCCUUCCUCGAGGUGCAGUUCGCCAGCGAGGCGGACGCGCGCGCCGUGGCGCAGCGCACGGUGGCCGUCAAGGCGUGCUUCGAGCUGUGGGCGACGGCCGACACGGCCGAGCAGCUGCACGCCGCGCUGCGCCGGCGGCUGCGCGACCAUCCGGACACAAUGCUGCCGCACUUCGGUGUCGACACGACGUUCCGAGUCAGCGUGGACGCCUUCAGCAAGACGCUGACGCACGCGGAGAAGCUGGAGCGGGUGGAGACGUUCGAUUACCUGCCGCUGGAGGGCGCCGUGCGGCUGCAGGGCGCCGCGCUCCGUCUGCAUCUGGUCGAGCACUACGGACCCGACCCGAACCGGGCGCCGGCGCGGCCGCUGCGUCUCUUCUUCGGCCGCUGGCUGUGCGAUGGCGCGCGCGCCGCCAUCACGGCGCACUCGCUUAAACAACGCGCCUACAUCGGCAACACGUCCAUGGAUCCGGAGCUGGCGCUGGUGAUGGCCAACAUGGCGCGCGUGCGCUCGGGCGAUACCGUGUUCGACCCGUUCGUCGGCACCGGCUCGCUGCUGGUGGCGGCCGCUCACUUCGGCGGUCACGUGCUCGGCACCGACAUCGACUACCGGACGGUGCACGCGCGCACGCGGCCGUCGCGGGUGCAGGAGCGCGGCCGGCCGCGUGGCCGCCAGGAGAGCAUCGCGGCCAACCUGCGCCAGUACGGCCUGCAGUCGCGGCUGCUGGACGUGCUCGUGGCGGACGCCGCGCUGCCUGCGCUCUGGCGGCGCGGCCUGGUGUUCGACGCCAUCGUCACCGACCCGCCGUACGGCAUCCGCGAGGUGACGCAGCGCCUGGGCGGCGGCGGCGGCGCCGAGCGGCCGGCCAAGGUCGACUACUGCGCCGGCCAGCUGUUCGGCGACCUGCUGCAGCUGGCGGUGCAGCGGCUGCCCGUAGGCGGCCGGCUCGUCUUCUGGCUGCCCGUGACGCGCGCCGAGUACGCCGCCGACCGGCUGCCCGGCCACCCGUGCCUGCGGCUGGUGGCCAACAGCGAACAGCCGCUGACGCGCCACUCGAGCCGCCGCCUGCUCACCAUGGAGAAGUGGCGCGAGCAGGCGCCCGGCGAGCACAGCGCUGUCACCGUCCACCCGAGCACGGCGCUCUUCAAGGAGAGAUACUUCAAGCCCUGCGGUGUCGAUCGGGGCGAGGCGAGCCCGGCCGGCGGCGACAGCGUCGUGCGAGCACUGAACGGAACGGCCGGUGUGAACGGCUCCGUAGGGAUGGAUGUGAAUGGUGAAGAUGUGACUGCUGCAAGUGACGGGGCCAGUGAGGAGGUGAACAGAACAGAUGAUCGCUCUGAGAUUGAGUAGGGCUGCGCGGUGGAGUUUGCCGUGGUUUUGUCGUCAUACUUGAUCGCCGUUGUAAGAAAGCGCCACUGUGUCCUCAUUCCAUGCACCCGAAGCUAGUCACAGUUCCGAAAAUACGCGCCCGCCAUCUCGGGCACGCCAGUUAUGGAACGCAGACUUAAAUCGGAGGGCCCCAUCGCGCACAAAACACCUCAUAACGACUUGUGCUGGAGGUGGCGCUGAUUGGAAAUGUUCUUGUUAAACGAUGCCAUUGCCGCUGCAGUAGCCUGCAUGUGAGAGUGCGGGGCAGUUGUGCACUGUGUCGCAGGCUCGUGGGUUGGCGUUCCACAAAUCGCUCCGGUGUUAUCCGUCGGAUGGUCGGCUGGUAGCCGGCCGAGAGAGCCUGUCUGGUCUGGAAUGGCCGGGUCAAGGGGUCAUAUUGCCCGUGUGAGAUGUGUCGGCCAAAGUACUCGCUGGUGCUGGCUGUACUGGUUCGGUGAUUCAGACUUCCGAGAGGCUGUGCUAAGCAAUAGUCCUGAGCACAAAGUCAUCUUUGCAAAACAUGUGGUCGAAUAAAGGUCUAUGAACUUACGAAGCCUGAAAUAUGCAACCUUUGUUUUUUAGAUCGCAGCUUUUGUAAUCGCCGAGAAAAC